AUGGCCAACCGAAGACCCGGGAAGAUGGGGGUUCAAACAACAGUUGCCUUUUUCCUUAUCAUCCUUGUUGCAGUAGUCACAAUAACCAGAUGGAUCAAUGCUUCUAUAAUAACAGGAUCAUUUCCGAAGAAAUUUUCACUCCUCGGAACAUCUCAGACAUAUUCAUCAGAAUUUGAUUGUUCCCCCAAGUGUUCAGACAUUUCACCUUUGGCUAACAUUAGUACAGAAAACAAUGCGCCCUCAGAAUCAUGUCCAGAAUACUUUAAAUGGAUUCAUGAAGAUUUAAGGCCAUGGAAAGUUACAGGAAUUACAAAGGAAAUGGUUGGAAAAGCUAAAGAAAAAGCACAUCUUAACUUAGUCAUAGUGGACGGAAGAGUGUAUAUGGAAAAGUUUAAAGAGGCAUUCCAAACUAGAGAUGCUGUGACAAUAUGGGGGAUUUUGCAGCUUCUUAGAAUGUACCCCGGGAAGCUACCGGACGUAGAUUUAAUGUUUGAGUGUGGCGACAAACCGGUGAUCAGAAAACGUGAUUAUGGACUAUCAAAGGCUUCGAAUCCACCCCCACCUAUAUUUCAUUACAGUGGAGACGAUUCAAGUUUUGAUAUUGUUUUUCCUGACUGGUCCUUUUGGGGUUGGCCAGAGCUUAAUAUCAUGCCAUGGGAAAUCUUGAAAGAGGAUUUGGAAGAAGCCAACAGCAGAAUCAAAUGGAGUGACAGAGAACCUUAUGCUUAUUGGAAAGGUAACCCCAGGUUAGGACCUGCAAGACGUGACUUAGUAAAAUGCAAUUCCUCCGACUGGAAUACUCGAAUUGAUAAAGUGGAAUGGGUACAUGAGAGAAAACAUGGAUUCAAAACUGCAGAUUUAGCAAGCCAAUGCACUCACAGAUACAAAAUCUACGUCGAAGGAGUUUCAUGGUCUGUCAGUGAAAAAUAUAUUUUAGCCUGUGAUUCCAUGAGUUUGAUCAUAAACCCUCGUUACUAUGAUUUUUUCACAAGAAGUUUGCUACCCACAAUCCAUUACUGGCCAAUAAAUGAGCAAACGAAGUGUGAAUCGAUCAAAUUCGCAGUCGAAUGGGGCAAUAAACAUAUGAAUAAGGCACAAGAAAUUGGAAAGGCAGGGAGCAAAUAUGUUCAAGAACAACUGAUAAUGAAGCAUGUUUAUGAUUACAUGUUCCAUCUGCUAAAUGAAUAUUCUAAACUCUUGAAAUAUAAACCAAGAGUGCCAUUGGGGGCCAUUGAAGUUUGUUCAGAGACAAUGGUUUGUUCUGUCAAAGGUUCAAGGAAGAAAUUUAGGAUACACUCAAUGGUGAAAGAUCCUGUAAAUUCAUCUCCAUGCACCAUGCCUUCUCCAUAUUAUCCUGCAGAACUAGAAGAUUUUCUUCGUAGGAAACGGAAUCUAACUAAGCAAGUUAGAAUGUUGGAACAAAGUGGAAGUUAG